AUGCUGCACGAGUGCCGCGCGGCCGCGGGGGCGCUGGAGGCGGCCGACGGCGCGCUUGGCGGCGCGCCAGAUCGCGCGGGCGGCGGCGCGGGCGCGGACGCGGGGGCGCGGCGGCUGGCGGCGGAGGCGCGCAAGUUCAUGCGGGCUGCCAGCGGCGACUUUGACUCGCUGCCGGCGCAGCAGCAGGGGCCCUCGCAGCAGCAAAGGCCCUUGCAGCAGCAGCUGCAGUACCAGCAGCAGCAGCAGCAGCAGCAGCAGCAGCAGCAGCAGAGCCCCGCCGGCGACGCGAUGGACGUUGACGCGCUGCCGCCUCCCGCUGCAGGCGCCCCGCCCUCACAGCAGCGGGCGCAGCAGGGGCAUCGUGAGCAGCCGCUGGAGGACGACGGCAUUGAGGAAUACGAGGAGGAUAGCGAGGACCAGAUCGAGGAAGAGGAUGAGGAGGUGAUUGUGUUCCGGCCCCAGCUGCGCCGCAGCGCGCCCAGCGACACAGGCCCAGCCGCCGCAGCCGCCACGGCGCCGCCUCCGGCUGCGGCGCCCUCCUCGCACCACGCCAGUGCCGCGAUGGCGCUUGCGGCGGCGCAGGCGGCGGCGGCGCCGCCGCCUCCUUUGCCGCAGCAGCUGCUGCAGCACCGGCAGCAGGGGGCGGCAGCAACAUCGCCGCGCUCAGCGUCGCCCCUUCCCGCGGCAGAACGUCCCGGCGCGCCCGGCGGCGGCGGCGCGCCUGCGGCGACGGAUGCUGCUGCUGCCGGCGCCGCCGCUGCUAGCGGUAGCGCAGCGCCGGCUGUCAGCCGGCGCACGUUGGGGCCGAUACCGCUGUCUGUUGUGAUCGCAGCGGGAGUCCCCUCCACAGGCGGCCUGGGGCAGCAGCAGCAGCGGUACAAUCCACAACACCUGCAAGAUGGGCAGGAUCAGCCGCAGCAGCAGCAGCAGCAGCAGCAGCAGCAGCAGCAGCAGCAGCAGCAGGCUCAGGUGUCGACAGAGCACGAGCUCCAGCAGUCUCACGCCGCCUCAGCCCUCUUGCUUGCUCGUCUGGCAGCUAGGGGCGGCGGCGCCGGCAGCGCUGGCGUUGGGGCCCCGCCACUGCCGCUGCCGGUAUCGACCCAGCAGCAGCAGCAGCAGCAGCAGUACACAUACGCAUACGUACAUCAGCAGCCACAGCAGCAGCAGCAGCAGCUGAUUCCUCAGGCUCCUCAGCAGCAGCAAGCAUUUGACCCUUACUCCUUCCCUCAGCAGCAGCAGCAGCCGCAGGAGCUGUUUGCCUACCCACAGCCCUCGUCGCCUGGCACCGCGCUCGCGGCCGCGGGCGUCGCAGCGUUCGUGGCAGGCGGCGACCAGUUCGGCGCACCCCACCUGCACGCCGCCGCCGCCGCCCUGCAGCCCGCGCAUUUCCAGCAGCAGGCUGCCGUGCACCACCACCACCACCAGCAGCAGCAGCAGCAGCCGCAGCACCAGCAGGCGCCGGUCCCAAUGGAGGACGACGGGGGGCUGGGCGACAUCGACCUGAUCAUGGCUAGGAAUCGCGCCAGCCUGGAGCUUGAGCAGACCGCCCACGCCACCGCGCUGCACAUCCUCUCGCCGGGCGCAUAUGAGAGCGAGCGGGCCGCACUCUCGGCGAUGUCGCAGGCGUCCAAGCGCGCGGCGGAGGCGAGGGCGGCCGCCGCUUCCACUGCUGCAGAGGAGGAGCGUGCGAGACAGCAGCAGCAGCAGCAGCAGCAGCAGCAGCAACUGUGGCUGCGGCCACCACCGCAGCAGCAGCAUCAACAGCAGCAGCAGCAGCAACAACAGCAGCUCCUGGGCCUGCAGCCGCAGCCACAGCAGCAGCAUCUGCAGCAACAGCAGCAGUUGCCGGGGCGCAACGCAGCGGCUCUCCUGCAGCAGAUCGCCCCAGCCGCGCUCGCGCGUGGCGGGCCGGGCAGCGGGAGCGGGCGCUCGAUCCUGGCAAACAGCGGCGCCAGCAGCCUGGUGGGCACGCCGCGCUCAAACGUGUCUGGUCAUGGUCCCACAACCUUCGGCCCGUCCUCGGCGGCCGCCGCCACGGCGGCAGCCGCGCCGCCGCCGCUGCAGGAGCACCCGGCAGCGCAUGUUGAGGUGCUGCGACUCGGCUCCGGGAGCAUGAUGCCGCUCCCGCUGGCCGGCGCGCCCGGGCUGCAGCCUGGCGGCACGGGCGGCGGCGGCGGCGGCGGCGGCGGCGGCGUCACCACCAGCGGCAGCUACGCCAUGUUCGGGGGCCCCGACCUGUUCUCCAACGCGCUGCCCGGCCUCUCGCGCCACCGCCGCGUGAGCAGCGGCUUUGGCAGCGGGCGCUCCAGCGCCGCGGACAGCGACGGGGGGCCCGCGCGGACGAGCUCGCCGGGGCUGAGCCUCUUGGAGCACCUGGCGGAGCAGCAGCAGCUGCAGCAGCAGCUGCAGGCACAGCAGCAGCAGCAGGCACAGCAGCUGCAGCAGCAGCAGCAGCAGCAUCCCUUGGCGCCGCCGCCGCCGGACCCAUUGUCUGGCGGGCUGUUUGCAUUUGGGGAGGCGCUGUUCCCUGCCGGCAGGGGGCCCGGCACGAUCCUCCCGCCGCGCGACGCGGGCGGCACGUACAAUCCCUUCGCCUGA